UUCAUUUAACAGAUCGCACACAUACACAUACACACGCGCGUGCGCACACACACACACAUACACACACACACUCUCUCUCUCUCUCUCGUUCACCAUCUUUGGGACUCAACGAUGGCUGCUAUAUCUAAUUCCUUGGUGUUAACGAAAAGCCCUCAACUCCAGUUAACGCAUGGAUCAAAUCUGAAAACUGUUGAUAGACGUUUGGGGAGCUUGUCCCCUACCAGCUUAGUUCUCAGUCCUGGUUGGGUGGGAAACGCAAAGCUUUCUACAUCCAGGCGGUCACUUUCAGUUCAAGCUGCAUACAGAGAUGAUGGACGGUCAAGCACAGGCAUUUUUAUUGGAGGUUUUGUAUUGGGAGGGCUCAUAGUUGGCACACUUGGCUGUGUAUAUGCCCCUCAGAUUAGCAAGGUGAUUGCUGGAACAGACCGGAAAGAAUUGAUGAAGAAACUUCCCAAGUUCAUAUAUGAUGAAGAAAAAGCUUUAGAGAAAACAAGAAAAAUGCUGGCACUGAAGAUUGAACAGUUAAACUCUGCAAUUGAUGAGGUUGCUGCUGAGUACCGCUCAGAGAGUCCCACAAAUGGACUGGCUAUGGACUCUGACGAAGUUGAAUCUAUCAUUUGAAAGAAUUGUUGCAUUGGUCUUCUUCCUUCGUCGCCCACGACUUCAGGACUCAGAAUAAUAAUUAAUUUUGUAGCUAUUGUCUUUGAUUUUCUCUUUCUUGAACACUUGUAUCCAAGCUUUGAUGUGUAAUAUUCAUCAUCGCAUAAUGUGUUGCUAGGAUCGCUCAAAUGCACCAUAUAAAAGUUGAAUAGAUUUGUAGAAGAGCAUUCUUGCUGUGUUUUCUAUUUUGUACACGAACAAGGCAUUGUUUUGUAUUUGAAAGCCACAUAUUUCAUCCCU